AAAUAAACCACUGUGCAAUGGAUGUGCUAUAAAAGAGUAGCGUUGCGUUUCGCAUUCUCCAGCAGUGGCGGAGAGCUUUGGAGAUGAGCUUUGGAGAUGAGCGUUGGAGAUAAGAUUUCGAGAUGGUGGAUUUAGGCUCUUUGAUCUACAUAUCCGUCAAACCGAUCUUCAAGAUCUAUCUCAUCAUUGGCUGUGGAUACUACCUGGGUAAGACCAAUGUUAUCGAUACGAUUGCACGGAGGAAGAUAUCCACAGUUAUCAUGAUGGUGCUCUUCCCAUGUCUGAUUCUCAAGAACCUCAUUUCAUAUAUAUCCAUCGACGACUUGAAGGAUAUCGGUAUAAUAAUCUUGGUGAGCACUGUUCUGUACUGUGUGGGACUGAGUGGGGCAGCAGCUAUUGCUGUGCUCACGAAGCCUGUGGGCUGGAUGGGUGGGUGUCUCUCAACGGGGUUGUUCAUCAACAUCAGUGACUUACCAAUUGCGUAUCUACAAUCAUUGUCUGGUAUACUGUUCACGGCUGAUCAGGUGAACAAGGGCACAGCAUACAUUGUCAUAUUCACUGCGUUCCAGAUGGUGGUUCAAUUCAACCUUGGGGGAUUCAAACUUACAAGCCUGGACUUCAAGGAACGGAUAGAAGAUGACGUGGAGAUGCAAUGUCCAAGUAGUUCCAAGUCUGACGGUGUUGCUGAACAUACAAUAACGAUUUCUGCCGAUCGGAAGCAAAGUAUCCCCAAGAUGAUAUGGCAAGGUGUGCUGUUCUUUGUCGAUAACACCAAGAACCUGGUCUCGAUAACCAUCAUAGUAGGGUUUGUCUUAUGUCUGAUUCCAUGGACGAAGGCUUUGUUUGUUUCAGCAAAUGUCAGUAUGAAAACCGCUCCAGAUGGUGAGCCACCAUUAUCCUUCCUCAUGGACUUUGUCUCAUACAUAUCGCAAGCCUGUGUUCCUCUGGGUCUUCUUAUGGUGGGAUCAACCAUUUCAAGUCUCACAUUUGAUGGAUCUUGCAGAAUACUGCCCCCACUGCUCACAGGAGUGAUGAGAUUAUGCAUUCUCCCAAUAAUUGGCGUGCUGGUGGUCCAUGGAAUGAGUCACGCUGGCUGGUUCAACAGUGAUAACAUCUUGCAGUUUGUUUGUUGCAUCGUCUGGGGCUUGCCUAACGCUACCAUAUUGGUCUACCUCACUGCAAUGUCGCAGCCGUUGAGUGACAACGAGAUGGGCUCGAAGAGCUACGACUCUGAAGCUCAGAUUGAUGGAAGCAGCACCAGAAAGGGAGACGGAGGGGACCUGCAGAUGAACUAUUUGGCAUUAACCUACCUGUUUCAGUACAUAGCCUUGGUGCUGAGCUUACCCAUACUUGUGACGUUUAUAGUGAAGCAUGAACUGCAUUUAUAGAUCAAUAACACAUCGAUAUCUCCGC